UACACGUGGCCCAGUGGCAACACCUACGAGGGCUACUGGUCCCAAGGCAAGAGGCAUGGCCUAGGAAUCGAGACCAAAGGACGGUGGGUUUACAGAGGCGAGUGGACCCAUGGCUUUAAGGGACGGUACGGCGCGAGGCAGAGCAUGAGCAGGGAAGGUACCUGGAAUAAUGGCCUGCAGGAUGGCUACGGCACCGAGACGUAUGCUGAUGGAGGCACGUACCAGGGCCAGUUCACCAACGGCAUGCGGCACGGCUACGGCGUGCGGCAGAGCGUGCCUUACGGCAUGGCCUCCGUGGUCCGCUCCCCGCUGCGCACCUCCCUCUCCUCCCUGCGGAGUGAGCACAGCAACGGCACCCUGCCCCAGCAGGACUCCCCCGCCGCCAACCCUGAGAACCUGCCCCUCUCGCCCACCAUCACCCGGGGGGGCUUUGCCCUCAGCCUCUACGCAGAGGCAGAGGCUGGGAAGCCCAAGAAGGGGGGGCGGUUCCGCAGGGGUUCCUUGCUGGGGAAGCUGAAGAAGUCCGAGUCCAAGUCAUCCUUGGCCAGCCAGAAGAGCCGUGUCAGCUUCCUCAAGAGCGAGAGCGGGAUCAGCUCAGCCGCCAGCGAUGCCACCUCCACAGUCAGCCUGGGCGAGGGCGCCGAGGGCGAGGAGUACCCCCCCUUUGAGUCCGACAUUGAUGCCACCACCACGGAGACCUACAUGGGCGAGUGGAAGAACGACAAGCGCGCUGGCUUCGGUGUCAGCGAGCGCUCCAGCGGGCUGAAGUAUGAGGGCGAGUGGCUGGACGAGGAGGGCAAGUACCGCCACAACGUCCUCGUCAAGGGCAUGAAGAAGCGCGUGAUACCCCUCAAGAGCGCCAAGAUCCGACAGAAGGUGGACAGGAGCGUGGAGGGGGCUCAGAGGGCCGCGGCCAUCGCCCGGCAGAAGUCAGAGAUCGCGGCAUCCAGGACGGCUCACGCCAAAGCCAAGGCUGAAGGGUCUGAGCAAGCAGCUCAGGCAGCUAACAACGAAUCGGGCAUAGCCAGAAUGAUGGCCAGGGAGCUCUCCCCGGACUUCUACCAGCCAGGCCCCGAGUACCAGAAGCGGAAGCUGCUGCAGGAGAUCAUGGAGAAUGCUGAGCACACUGUCAACAUGGAGGAGGAGGCACCACGGCCCGAGG